CUAGUUAAAUGGACAGAACAAAUUUUAGCGUGGGUGAUUAUUAAUAAAUUGUGUCCAGGAUUUGCAAUUGUCACCAUGUCCGAAAAUAAGAAGAUUGAAGAAGGUCUAGAAUAUAUUCGAGCUGCAGAGAAAAGCUUGAAAACUUCAUUUCUGAAAUGGAGACCUGACUAUGAAAUGGCUGCUGAUGAAUAUUCCAAAGCAGCCACUUGUUUCAAGAAUGCGAAAUCAUUUGAACAAUGCAAGGAAUGCCUGAUGAAGGCAGCUGAGUGCCAUAAACAGAAUAGAUCAUUGUUCCAUGCUGCUAAGUCAUUAGAGCAAGCGGUGCUGGUGUGCAAGGAGCUAGGCGAUGUGCGAGAGGUGGCCAACCUGGCCGAACGCAGCUGUAACCUGUACCAGCAGCAUGGUUCGCCCGACUCGGGCUCGGCUGCACUCGACAAGGCCGCCAAGAUACUCGAGGCAAACCACCCCGAAGAUGCGCUAAGGCUCUACCAGCGCGCCGCCGAAGUCUCAGUUAUUGAGGACAGUGCAAGGCAGGCUGCAGAAUACGUCAGUAAAACUGCACGCAUUCUGGUGCGAUUGGGAAUGUACGACAAGGCAGCGGAUGCGAUCAAGCGUGAGAUCGGCUUCCACCAGCAGUCGGAGCACCUGCCGGCGAUUGGCCGUCUGGCCGUGGCUCUGGUGCUGGUGCAGCUGGCCCGAGGCGACACUGUGGCCGCCGAGAAGGCGUUCAAGGAGUGGGGCAACUGCUGCGAUGCGCCCGAGGUGCAAACGCUGGAAAUGCUGCUGUCGGCUUACGACGAGGAGGACCCGGACGCGGCUCGGUCGGCGCUGAACAGUCCGUUCAUCAAGCACAUGGACGUGGAGUACUCGCGCCUGGCACGUGACCUGCCUCUGCCGCCUGGCAACUCCAGUCAGCCCAAGGGCCAGGUGCGCCAGAACGCCGCGCCCUCUUAUGUCUCUACCCGAUCACAGGUAUUUCCAUACUCUUAUAUAGGGUUCGUCACGGGAAACUGAUGUUUUUCAAAUGGA